AUGCCCAUUUAUAGCGCUAAACCUAAAAUCGCCGAAGAUAGUGUGACUGUGGAAGACUGGAAGUGGCGAUUGUUUUGCUGGUGGGUGUUAAAGAUGUGGGCAAGUUCAGAAGGAGGCGCUCCAGAGGUCACUCUAGAAACUUCCAUGGGCUCUUUCACUGUCGAGCUUUAUUACAAGCAUGCUCCAAAAACUUGCAGAAACUUCCUCGAACUAUCUCGCAGAAGUUAUUACAAUAACGUGAAAUUUCACAGAAUUAUUAAGGAUUUUAUAGUGCAAGGUGGGGAUCCGACGGGAACUGGAAGAGGUGGAGAAUCCAUUUAUGGUCCAAAGUUUGAGGAUGAGAUAAGGCCCGAGUUGAAGCACACUGGAGCUGGGAUCAUAUCCAUGGCAAAUGCAGGUCCAAAUACCAAUGGAAGCCAGUUCUUUAUUACUUUGGCACCAACUCCAUCUCUAGAUGGAAAACAUACCAUUUUUGGUAGAGUAUGUAGGGGAAUGGAAGUAAUCAAAAGACUUGGUAGCGUUCAAACUGACAAUAAUGAUAGGCCUAUCCAUGACGUGAAGAUAUUACGGACGUCGGUAAAAGAUUAAUGAUUUGAAGGUUGUUCCCAAUGCAGACAUUUCUAUUUCCAUGGAAAGCCUCUAGCAAUUGGUUUCCUGGGUACUCUCAUUGAGAAAUAUGAUUGAUUGUGGUACGUGAAUUGCAUUUAGAAGCAGAAGAAAAACAAGUUCGUGUUUUGUAUUUUUCUCCUAUUCUCCCCUGAAAAUGGCUACUGCUUUUCUGUUUCUACAGCUAGUUUAUUUAGCCUCCCUUUAUAGGCUUGCCAUCUUUUACUUGACAUUUAUUUCAUAACCAAAAAUUAUGAAAAACAAUUUUGCACAAUAAACUUUAGUGAUUGUUAUUAA